AUGGCCGCCCAGCAGCCCGACCCAGCACGGCAGAUCGACGCGCUGGAGCGUCAGCUGGCCGCCCUGACGGUGGCGCUGACGGGGCGGGUGGUGGGCGCCCAGCAAGAGACGAUGCAGCACUUGCAGUUGCUGCAAGCAACGGUGGACGACCUUGAGGGUUCGGCUCGCGAGGCGGCCGACCGCCGUGACCAGCUGCUGCUGGCGGCCAAGCGGCUGGCGCUGGAGCUGCGGGGGCUGGACCUGCUUGCCGACCACGUCAAGGCGGUGGAUGCGCUGAGCCGCAAGCUGGAGGCGCAAGUGCAGGAGGUUGUGGGCGCCAAGGAGGGCCGCGCAUACGGCUGGCUGCCCAUGAACCCGAGCAGUUAA